UCAGGCAAGGGGGAGCGAUGCGAAGCGGGGGAGGCGCCCUCCGCGGCGGCCGGAGGAGGAGGAUGAGGAUGUCCCUGUCCCUGAGCCCGCGGGCCCCAAUGAGGAGCGCCUCUGCACUGCCGGACUGACAGCUGGCCGCCCGCCCCGCGGACGAGGAGGAGCGCUGCCCCGCGGCGGAGAGCGCGGCACCCUUGAUUGCGGGCCGCCCCUGCACCGCCCUCCCGACGGGGGCUCGUCUGCCGCCUGCGGGGUGGGCGGCGCGGCGCGGCAGGCGGCAGUGACAGCGCGGCGGCGGCGGCGAGGCCGGGGGAGCGCCGCCGCCGAAGACCAUGAGGAAAUUUAACAUCAGGAAGGUGCUGGACGGCCUGACAGCGGUCUCCGCAGUCGCCUCGGCGUCGUCCGCCGCGCAACAGCAGCAGGCGGGAAACCGGGAGACCGAAAUCCAGGAGACGCUCCAGUCCGAGCACUUCCAGCUCUGCAAGACUGUACGCCAUGGUUUCCCCUAUCAACCUUCAGCUUUGGCAUUUGAUCCUGUUCAGAAAAUACUGGCCAUUGGAACUCAGACUGGUGCACUGAGACUCUUUGGUCGGCCGGGAGUUGAAUGUUACUGCCAACAUGACAGUGGAGCUGCAGUAAUCCAGCUUCAGUUCCUGAUUAAUGAAGGAGCUCUUGUGAGUGCCUUGGCUGAUGAUACCUUACACCUGUGGAACUUACGGCAGAAGAGACCUGCUAUACUCCAUUCACUCAAAUUCAACCGAGAACGGAUAACGUUUUGUCAUCUGCCUUUCCAAAGUAAAUGGCUCUACGUAGGCACCGAAAGAGGAAACAUUCACAUUGUCAAUGUGGAGUCAUUUACUCUCUCAGGCUAUGUCAUCAUGUGGAAUAAAGCCAUUGAACUGUCAUCCAAAUCUCACCCAGGACCAAUCGUCCACAUUAGUGACAAUCCAAUGGAUGAAGGAAAGCUUCUGAUUGGCUUUGAGUCUGGAACAGUGGUAUUAUGGGAUCUGAAGUCAAAGAAGGCAGAUUACAGAUACACACACGAUGAGGCUAUUCACUCUGUGGCUUGGCAUCACGAAGGAAAACAGUUUGUUUGUAGUCACUCAGAUGGUACCUUGACCAUAUGGAAUGUAAAAUCUCCUACCAAACCAUUCCAGACAAUCACUCCACAUGGAAAGCAGUUGAAGGAUGGAAAGAAGCCAGAGCCCUGCAAACCUAUUCUUAAGGUGGAAUAUAAAACAACUAGAUCUGGAGAGCCUUUCAUCAUUCUCUCGGGAGGCUUGUCAUACGACACCGUAGGAAGAAGGCCGUGUUUAACAGUUAUGCAUGGGAAAAGUACUGCAGUGCUAGAAAUGGAUUAUUCAAUUGUUGACUUCCUAACCCUCUGUGAAACACCGUAUCCUAAUGACUUCCAAGAACCAUAUGCUGUAGUUGUUCUCCUAGAAAAGGACCUAGUACUGAUUGACCUUGCACAAAAUGGGUACCCUAUCUUUGAGAAUCCCUAUCCCUUGACUAUACAUGAAUCUCCAGUUACCUGUUGUGAAUAUUUUGCUGAUUGUCCUGUGGACCUCAUACCUGCACUCUAUUCAGUUGGCGCUCGACAGAAACGUCAAGGUUACAGUAAGAAGGAAUGGCCUAUCAGUGGAGGCAACUGGGGUUUGAUCACUCAGAGUUAUCCAGAGAUAAUUAUUACAGGGCAUGCUGAUGGGUCAAUCAAGUUUUGGGAUGCCUCAGCAAUAACGCUGCAAGUGCUCUACAAGCUCAAAACAGCCAAAGUAUUUGAGAAGUCUCGAAAUAAAGAUGACAGGCCAAACACAGAUAUAGUAGAUGAAGAUCCCUAUGCUAUUCAGAUCAUCUCCUGGUGUCCAGAAAGCAGAAUGCUGUGUAUAGCUGGAGUUUCUGCACAUGUGAUUAUUUACAGGUUCAGCAAGCAGGAAGUGACAACAGAAGUCAUUCCGAUGCUGGAAGUACGUCUGUUAUAUGAAAUAAAUGAUGUUGAAACUCCAGAUGGGGAACAGGUGCCACCUUUACCAACUCCAGGCACAGGUUCCAACCCUCAAUCCAUCGUUCCUCAGUCUCAUCCAUCUACCAGUAGCAGUUCGUCUGAUGGACUUCGCGAUAAUGUCCCAUGUUUAAAAGUUAAAAAUUCUCCUCUCAAGCAGUCUCCAGGCUACCAAAUCGAGUUAGUUAUCCAGCUAGUGUGGGUGAGUGGAGAGCCUCCUCAGCAGAUCACUAGCUUGGCAGUCAACUCAGCAUAUGGCCUAGUAGUUUUUGGAAACUGUAAUGGUAUUGCCAUGGUUGAUUACCUGCAGAAGACAGUGCUCUUGAACCUUGGCACAGUUGAACUGUACGGCUCCAACGACCCUUACCGCAGGGAGCCACGCUCUCCCCGGAAAACUCGACAGCCAUCUGGAGCAGGUCUUUGUGAUAUUAAUGAAGGUACAGUGGUGCCAGAAGACCGCUGCAAAUCACCUACUUCAGCAAAGAUGUCCAGGAAGCUAAGUUUGCCAACUGAGUUAAAGCCUGAUUUAGAUGUGAAAGACAACUCUUUCAGCCGGUCCCGCAGUUCUAGUGUGACCAGCAUCGACAAGGAGUCCCGAGAGGCCAUCUCAGCUCUUCAUUUCUGUGAGACGUUCACAAGGAAGGCUGAUACUUCACCUUCCCCCUGCCUGUGGGUCGGCACCACGCUGGGUACAGUGCUCGUCAUCGUACUGAAUCUGCCCCCAGCAGGAGAGCAAAGACUCCUUCAGCCAGUAAUUGUUUCUCCCAGUGGAACCAUCCUAAGGCUAAAAGGGGCAAUCUUGAGAAUGGCUUUUCUGGAUACUACAGGCUCUUUGGUCCCCCCAGCACAUGAACCUUGGAGAGAACACAACGUUCCUGAAGAUAAAGAUGACAAAGAUAAAUCCAAAAAGCGACGACCUGUCUCAGUGUCCCCCUCUUCUUCUCAGGAAAUCAGUGAAAACCAGUAUGCAGUGAUAUGUUCAGAAAAGCAAGCUAAAAUUAUCUCACUGCCAGCCCAGAACUGUAUUUAUAAGCAAAACAUAACAGAGACUUCUUUUGUUCUUCGUGGAGACAUAGUGUCAUUGAGUAACAGUAUCUGCCUUGCAUGUUUCUGUGCCAAUGGACAUAUUAUGACUUUUAGUUUGCCAAGUUUAAGGCCAUUGUUGGAUGUAUAUUACCUGCCACUGACCAAUAUGCGGAUAGCCAGAACAUUCUGCUUCACCAAUAACGGACAAGCGCUCUAUCUUGUCUCACCAACCGAAAUACAGAGGCUCACUUACAGUCAAGAAACAUGUGAAAAUCUUCAGGAAAUGUUGGGUGAGCUCUUCACUCCUGUAGAAACACCAGAAGCACCGAACAGGGGAUUCUUUAAAGGCCUCUUUGGAGGUGGGGCACAGUCACUUGACAGAGAAGAACUCUUUGGGGAAUCAGCAUCUGGGAAGGCAUCAAGGAGUCUUGCUCAGCAUAUUCCGGGUCCUGGGGGCAUCGAAGGUGUCAAAGGAGCAGCAUCUGGUGUAGUUGGUGAGCUAGCACGAGCCCGGCUGGCGCUAGAUGAAAGAGGACAGAAACUGGGAGAACUGGAAGAAAAAACUGCAGCUAUGCUUUACAGUGCUGACUCUUUCUCUAAACAUGCUCACGAGAUGAUGCUGAAGUACAAAGACAAGAAGUGGUACCAAUUCUGAUGCCGCUCAUCAAUUACAUCUCUUUUGAUUUUGUCCUGAUGGGAAAAAAAAACAAGUCAUGUUUUUUUCAUUAAUUUUGGCAGGACCACUGAGAUUUAAAGGAGUACUCAGCAUUGAAUACUGUUGUUUCCUAGCACAAAUCACACACUUUUACCUCAGUCAUGGCUUUAACUGAGGAGCUUUAUAUUUAAAAGAAACACACAGAGAAAAACCAAACUCGAGUGGUUUUUAGCUGUUGGUUAACCGACAGUGGCAACAGAAGGUAAACUAGAAAAUGUGAAGAAAAGGGCAAAGGAAAAUUAUUGUAGUGUGAGAUGGGCAGGGGCAAUGCAGGGUCAAUCCUGUGUUAAUAUUUCAUAUGCCAAAAGUUUUUCUGCUAUUGUAAUUGCUGCCAGUGUUAUACCCUCCUGUGAGGAGAGGCAAUAAAUCAGGGGUCCAGGAGCUGGAAUAAAGAUGUUUGUCUUGCUUGGAUGGUAGCUGACUUACGCUUACCUUCUCUAGGACUCACUAUAUUUACCAUUAUUGUUGAAGAAGAGUUGAAGUCUACUGUCACUUCUUUCAUCAGAAGAGCUUGGAAGCUUGCAAGAUAUCUUUGUUGAAAAUUGUAUACAUAGUUGACCUGUGCACAGUCUUUUCUUGGACCUCUGAUCUAGUAUUCCUGUAUUCAUAUUCAGUGAAGUGCAAACCAAGAAUAUACUUUUUUUUUUUGCAUUAAAGUCAAGUGAGUAGUAUGACUGGAAUGUGUCAAGCUGGGAGUUUUCAUUUGUGUCACAACUGUGCAAUGUGAAAUGUGGUAACAACUUCAUUGUGGUAACAGUACUCCAACUUCAGUUCAGUAUUUUUGUUUGCCAAAGCCAGUCAUUGGUUCAGUUUUCUAUGACAUAGAGUAUUGGCUGUGAUUUCCAUUCAUGCUGUGACCUUUUAUAUGUGAGCUCUUACUUAAAAUAUCUGGGACAGUUUUGCUCAAAACUUGUUUUCUAGGCGCCCCUUUAUCUGAUUUCAUAGUAAAGGACUAAUCUUGGACUCAGGUUUUCAAACAGUUUUACACUCUGUGGAGGUGCUGAUGCAUGAGUAAUGGCAAGCAUCUAAUAGUUAAUAGUUACCAGUAUAGUCUUUAGCAAAUGACUGAAUCCUACUAGUAGAGCUGUUUUACAAGUAUUUAUCUCAGCCCCACCCAGCACUAAAGGCAAUUGGCCUGAAGUUUGGAUUUAGUCUCUAAAGCAGCGUUUUGAAUGCGGGCACUGCUAAGUGCUCAUUGAAACUUCAGCAGUUAGCAAAACUAAUGCUCAGUUAGGGUAAUAUAAACAGUAUAGCUGAGCUGCUGCACUGGAGCUGUAACAGUGGGAGAGAUCUGAGCUCUUUUAAAAAGGCAGUUCCUUAAAAUAAAUGUUUGCACUUCAAGAGUUUGUUUAGACUCUUCCUCAAAGCAAGAACAGUUACCAACUGGAUUUGUUUCGUAGAAGGGAGCGCUUAGAAGCUGAUAGGUCUGCCUUGUCUGAAAUCAGUCAUUUCAGUUGGGUGUAAGCUGCAGCACAGGAGGUUCCACCUCAACUCAAGGGGGAACUUCUUGACUGUGAGGGUCACAGAGCACUGGCACAGGCUCUGCAGGGAGGUUGUGGAGUCUCCUUCUUUGGAGACUCUCAAGGCCUGUCUGGAUGUGUUCCUGUGUGAUCUGUGCUAGAUUGUGUGGUCCUGCUCUGGCAGGAGGGGUUGGACUCUAUGAUCUUGGGUCUCUUCCAACCCCUAACAUCCUGUGAGCCUGUGAGUUUGCUUUUCCAAGCAUCACCUUCUAUGGAUUGUUUUUUUUCACACGCUUUCUGAAUGUGCCCAUUGCAAAACCUUGGCUAUAUUUGUGUUGUAAAAUGAUGUAGCAAAUACAUAGAUAAGGCAACCGCAGAAAACACUUCAAAGGAUGCAAACUAUUGCAGUUACUGAUGGUUAUUGAUCUUUGUUUUUCAAAUGAAAGGCAGAUAUGUUUGGUCUUUAUAGCACAAAUUAAAACAUUUUCUGGUGAUGUGCAUAGUGCCAUUUAAAUGAUAAAUACAAGUGGAGUCUGUUGCCAGACACGUCCCCUGUUCAAAGAACUUUAACACAUGAGGCCACGACAAUUUGAACAAGCAUGGUUAUGAUUCCUCGAUAGCUCUGUCUCAUACCUACUGAGGCAACAUUAACUGUGGCUACUUAGCCCACCACGAUUUUUGCUCUCUACAGGGUUAAGUUUUAGUAUAAUUAAUACUUAUUUAAAUGAUCACUAUUUCAGUGAAAAUCCAGAUAGAGGAGGACCAGGUAAACAACUGUCCACAUGUCCAAAAAUGCAACAUCCUAGCUGACACUUGUUGCAUUUAUAAACAGAGUCACUGUCUGCUAAAAAGAUCAGACUAUAUUUCAGAGCAAGAGAAGGCUGGAAAAUUUAGUCUGGUCAGGUCCUAGGAGAAAGGAUGGCAAAAUUACUCUUCAGCAAACCAUAUGAGUUCAGAGGUGUUCAAGAAAAGCCUGGAUGAGGCACUCGGUGCCAUGGUCUAGUUGACCGGCUAGGGCUGGGUGCUAGGUUGGACUGGAUGAUCUUGGAGGUCUCUUCCAACCUGGUUGAUUCUGUGAUUCUAUGACUGUGGUUUGAAAGCAAAACAUACUGAACUUUGUCGUCAAGAAACAUUUGACAACCACCAGCAAGCAAAAAAAGUCAGAGGGCAGUUGAAGAAGAGCAGUGGUUUAUUUGGCGUUGCAGAGUUUGUCAUAGUAGAAUCUCUUUUUUUUUCCUCUUGCAUAUGCUCAGAGCAUGUUUCUAGACUGGAAAACUCCUAGGGAUUGCUCAUGAGAUGAACACACAGAUGGAUUUUAGUCAAUAAAAGGGGCUUUGUUCAAUUUUAUUCUAAACCAUUCCUUUGUUCCUUCCCUCUGGAAGGAGGUUGAUCAUGCACACACCGUUCCAUCGUGUUCUGCUGUUGGUAGUGCACCCUUUGUAUACCAAUGUUUAUUGAAAUCCAUUGCGGGGGAAGCACCUCUUCUUCUGAGGGUUUUGCUGGGAUUUUAGUUGUGUAACAUAUUUUCAGUGUCUGGAAAGUUAUAAAACCUCUUGGUUUUGUCUUUUUUUGAUGGAAGUGUAAGAAACUGCUGCUACCUGUCUGUUUUACAUGUAGUGUGUCUCACUAGGAACUGUAAACCGAAGAAGCUUUUCUUCACUUGAGUCCUGCCAAACCCUAACUUUUGAAUGUUGCUCUGUGUAAAUAUGUGUGUAUUACAAAUAAGUCUGAAAGUGUUACACCACAAGCAUCUCGGGUGAUUUGUUCUUCAGCAAAUGGUCAAGUUAUGAAAUACAGUCGUAUAUAGCUGUGUCCCUUGUCUGUCUUUAUGCCAAGAUUUUUGCAUGAGGUGAUACUUGCAUGGCAAGUUAAGUUGGAAAGCUAUGUCCAAAGGUGGAGUUUUGGAUGUUCAUUUCCUUUUUUUGCCUUUUGUUUUGGUUUUACUUUUGUCUUCUCCAUGGUAACUUCAAAGGUUUGCUUUGGUUUAGUUUCAUUGUUUGAGGUGGUUUUUGUUGUUUGGUUGGGGUGGAGGUGGUGGAGAGGGGCUGAACAGGGUGGGGGUUGAGUUGGGGUUUUGUGUAUUUGGGUUUUUGGGUUGUUGUUUUUUUUCUUUGCUUAAUGGCACUGAUCUUACCUGAACUUUUAAACUUGAAUUUUUCCUGCACUUUAAAUUCAAUCGUGGUAUUUUAUGGCUUAAUUUUGUUUCUGCAUUCGUGCAGUUCAGGUUCAUUAUUUGUAUAUAAACACACAUGUUCAAUAAAGAUUUUAGAGCAGAUGACUUUCUGGCAUGUUUGCCACUGAUGUGACUAUGGUUUAGAAUGUGUGUUUUCUUAGCAGAACUAUGUAUAUACAAUAUAGGAUCUAAUGAAAGGCACACAGCCUGUGCCAGCUUUCAGUUUAUAAAUGACUGCAACACUUUCAGAUUUGUUACUAGAUGAUAAAAUAUGUUAUAUUUAUACAUACUGCUUAAGAAUAUACUUUUAGUUUUAAAUAAUUUUUAUAUGUACACUUCUACCUUUGCUUUAGAGAAAAAAAAAAGACUUGUGUUCAAUUUUUUAAGUCAAAGUACUUAAAGUAUGUAUAUUAUCCAUAGAAGAAGUUGUUUUAAGCUUAUGAAUACAUUCAUAUCUCAUAUGGAGAUGAUACAAUUACUAAGCAAUGAAAACAAAUAGCCCAUUUUGCUUUGCAGAAACGAAUCACACUAAUUUUUACCUCCCAUUUUGAACAUUCUUGAUUCCCUAAGUAGGGAGGGAGUGUGGGGAAGAGAGGACAUUCAGAAGACUAGCCUGGUGUAGAAGUUGUCUCGGUAGCUGCAGUCCGUGGCUGACUAGUUUGCUGUGAGAGACUUUCAGCAUCGUUCCUCAGACUUCAAAAUUCCCAGAAACUGAAAUCAGGUUUGUCCAGUAAGGAAUUUCUUUUGAGUAAUGUACAAAUCUUGACUUCUACAUCAGCUCUUUACAUGUAACAUCAGGUUGCUUUUUGUAUACCAAAUGCGUUGGGAAACUUAACAGCCUGUGGCCGCAGUGCCCUCUUCUUUCUCAUCAUGGUUUAAUAUACCCAGGUGGGCAUCGAUAGCAGCUGAAGCCCAUUGCAGGGAGAAGGGGUGCAGUGCCUUGCCUCCCUCUGUAACUUGUUGGUUGACCCUUUUUGCAUUCUAGCAAGUUUCCCAUAUCAUUUAUGUGAAUCUUUUUUGGGUGGAUGUUGAUAGCUUUGCUGCUACCACAAAAUCUUCAUACACUUCGUAGACAGAAAAAGAGCAGGACAAAAAAAAUGUGCACUGUAGACAAAUCAGCUAAACCAACUUGAUUUCACUUUUCAUUGAAAGGCUAAGUUAAGCUGAGCCAAUUUCUCCUUGUGCAUGUUGGAAAGAUGUGAUGUGUGUCAUCUGCUUCCUUAACUGUUUCAGGCCAGAUAAGUGUACUGUGUUUCAGGGUUCUUGUACACUUUAUAUAGUUCAGGCUUAAAGGUGUGGGCAUUCGUUAAAAAACAAUUAAGGGAAAGAAAAAGAGGCAGAAACAGAACAAUCCAAGAUAUCAGUAGGUAUUCCUUCAUUCCUUUUGUUUUCCUUGCCAAUCCUCUAGGAAUCUUUGUCUUACAACUGCUAGGUUACUUUGACACUCUCACUUGUUUUUCUUUUCAGUAUCAGAGUUACCUAUUCCUGUGCAAAUAACUAGAAGUUAAACUGUUUCAGUUGAAAACAUGUAAGGAGUUGUAUGUGGAUUACCACUACUAUUCAGUAACAGGUGAUGCAAAGGGAGAGGGGGUGGGAACAUGUUUUAAAUAUUCCCUUUUCAAAGAGAAGUUGUAAAUAAGCACUACUGUGUUAUUUUAGACCUGAGCUCUGCUAUCCGUAGUGGUUAGAACUAGGAAAACAUGCUGCUUUCUAGUUAUGCUACUGUUUCAUUGUACCAGCAUCAUGGGGGAGGGGAGGGAGGGGGAUGAAAUUGAGAAAAAAAAAUAAAAUAACAUUAAAAAAAAAAAAAAAGGUGAAUUUUCCUACCAUUGCCCACGUGUGGGUAAGCAUGCGCGACGUAUAGCGGUUCUCGUUUCUCUAUAUCUUAGUGUGUACAUGUGUGUUCCUUUCCUCACUUCUCUCCAUUGCAGUUUCCUCUUCAGUUAAGUCUUGCUGAGCCCCACUAGCUCUUCUGAGGGUGAUUACUGGAAUAUGCAUUUUAGGUAGGGUUGCAAAUCCAUCUGUCUACAAAUAGAGUUUCAUAUGAACGCAAACUGUACUGUUAUGAACACGACUACGUUAGGUUGCGUAUAGAGUUAUUUUACUUACAUGUACUUGAACUAUGUCAUCAUAAAGUUAAAAAAAAAAAACAAACAAAAACACAAAACCAAACCUAAGUAUGAAAUAUUUUUGUAAAUAAAAAUACCUGUGCAGCUGGUAUUUUAAAUUUAAAAUGUAUUAUACAUUAAUGUUUCAAGGGAAAAAAAUGUUCAUAUAUGUGUAUAUGAAUGUGUCAUUAUGCUGAAGGGCUCUUGGUUGGGCAAAAUAAACUAUUCAAAUCUCUCCUGA